UCAUGCUGCUGCCAGGUCCAGAGUCUCUCAUGGGUCCCUGUACGGCCUCCUCCCAUUGCUGCUGUCUCCACACUCUGCCACACUCUGCCAUGUGCCACUUUCAGGUCUCCUCACACUGCUGGUGUGUUCCAUUUUUUGUCAUAGGGUGCUGGCAGAUUACGGGCCUCCCAUAGCUGCUGCCAGGCCCCUAAUCUGCCAUGGGCCCCUAUACCGCCUCCUCAUGCUGCUGCCAGGUCCAGAGUCUCUCAUGGGUCCCUGUACGGCCUCCCAUUGCUGCUGUCUCCAUCGCCACACUCUGCCAUGUGCCACUUUCAGGUCUCCUCACACUGCUGGUGUGUUCCAUUUUUUGUC